AUGUUUCUGACCUGCGGGAUGGUUCCAGCCUCCGCCGCUUCCACCAUGGAUUACAAUGGAGAUUUCCAAGCUGGUUACCAGGAAAUCGACGGCAUCAGCUUGGGUUACCUGCAGAUUAACGGCACACGGAUGUUCGCUUUGACUCAGGUCUUCAGCGACCUGUUUAAGGGCAUCCCCCGGGCCACGGUGAGCAAAAAAAUGGAGAGCCUCAAGAUCCAGAGCCGCCGAUGCGACCUGAAGGAGCUGCGCACCCUCAAAGCCAUCCAGUCCGUGCCGAUGCGCGCCGUCAAGUGUUCACUCAUCUCCAAGACAGACCUGGAGGCCCUCUGCACCUCCUGCAAGGCCCUGGCCCCCAGGAGGAGGAAAAGGAAGAGGAAAAACAAGAGAAGAGAGCCCGGGGACCCAUUUAACCGGCCCCGGUUACUCCCUGCGUACAGCGCUUCCGACAGCACCUUCCGUGCUAACGUGGGUGCUGGAUGCACCAAGCGGGACGCGCUCUUGGCUGCUCCGUUCAGCAGAGGCUACGAGAAAGCCGCGCCGACCCCCAAAAGCUACAACCGGAGCGGCAGAGGGCAGCUCCUGGCCGGCGUGCUAAGUGCGUACCCGAGCGACUUGCAACUCCUGCACUCGGCUGUCAGGGCGCACGGAACCGGCCAGCCGACUAGCGAGCCAGAUGCCGGGCGCACCAAACGUUCCACUUGCGGAUGCCUGAGCAAGAAAGGUCGCUCGGCAUCUUUCGCAGGCUCUAAGAGGCAAGGCACGUCAGCCGGCUACUCCAGCGACUCGGACUCCAGCGGUGCCUCCAGCCUAGCAAGCUCCAGCGACUCUUCGGAAGAUGAAGAGGACGACGAGGAUGACGAGGACGACGACUCGUCUUGCAGCAGCGAGGAGGGCAGCUCCUCCGGGUCAGAAAGCAGUUCCCUGUGCAGCGGGGACUCCGUGCAAAGCACCCGCUACAGACAGGCAGCCCUUCCCCGUAUCCCACCUCAAUCUGCCUCUUCCCAAGCCCUUCCCGGCGUAGUCAAAGGCUUGCGCCCCGACCCGAACUUACUCUUUUGGGCCCGGACGCUGCGCGCCUCCACUUUGGAAAGUUUUAAGUCGGCUCCUACCAGUGCGCCAAAGGAGCCCCCACGUGAGGAACCGGAGCAUCGCAUAAAGCAGGACGCUAGGAGCUCUCCCGUCUCUCCUGCCCGUCCCAGCAGCCCCAGCGAGGGCCCGCAGCCAAAGAAUGGUGGCUUUAGAGAAGCUUCGGAGUUGUGCGCCCAGGAGCGUGAAGACCUCUCCAAGGACGCUGACUCCUUGAGCUGCAAGGAAGACCUUCACAUUGACGAGCCGGACAAGCCGGAGAAAGCGGAACUGCAGCAAGGCGCCCAGGAAGGGUCGGGGAGAGAGGCUCAAUUCGACAGGCUUAUCAGGCAGUCCAAGCUGUGGUGCUAUGCCAAAGGCUUCAAUGUAGACGGGAAAGGUUUGCGCAGGGCCGAGCAGGCCAAAGGGAGUUCCUCCACCUCCAAAGCCGGCCUCCUCAGCCUGGCCAACAAGCCUUUGGAAGGCGGCAGCGACUUGGAGAGGAACGCCAAACGUAGACGUGUCGAGCAGGAAAGGCAGGCCAGAGGGAGGCCCCCAAAGAUUCCGAGGAAGACGACCAAAAAGGGGGCCACCCCGCCUUGUAAACGCUUGCUCAACACUAGCGCGGCUCCUAUCAGGAAUCCGUUUACUCUGAUGGGCACCUUUCCCUGUACGCCCGCCUUGGUCGUUGGUUCCGAUGGGGAUCUCUGUCCUGCGUCUUCCCUGUGCGUAAAAGACUCGUGCACCCUCUCCAAAACGCACCCGCUUUGGACCUGGCAGCUGGGGGGCAAUGCCAUCCCCGUGCCCCCCAGCCUGAAAUUCCGGGGAUACAGUUUAGAGGACUUCUAG